GGGCAUGCCGCCCGCAAGCACGCUCACCUCCGUUGCGCCUGCGCCCUGGCCUUCCCGGAUUCUGUUAACGGUAGUGGCGGCUUGUUGGGAUCCGCUGAGUGAUGGGAGAGUGUGCUCUUUAACUUCGGAGAGAGAUGCGCUCUCGUGUAGCCGUCAGGGCCUGCCAUAAGGUCUGCAGGUGCCUGUUGUCUGGGUUUGGGGGUCGAGUAGAUGCGGGGCAGCCGGAGCUGUUGACGGAAAGGAGUAGCUCCAAAGGAGGGCACGUGAAGUCGCACGCGGAGCUCGAGGGGAACGGCGAGCACCCAGAAGCCCCCGGGUCUGGAGAGGGAAGCGAGGCGCUGUUAGAGAUCUGUCAGAGAAGGCAUUUCCUAAGUGGAAGCAAGCAGCAGCUUAGCCGGGAUUCUCUUCUGAGUGGGUGCCACCCCGGCUUCGGACCCUUGGGCGUAGAGUUGCGGAAGAACCUGGCCGCAGAAUGGUGGACCUCGGUGGUGGUGUUCCGGGAGCAGGUAUUCCCGGUGGACGCCCUCCACCACGAACCAGGCCCUUUGCUACCAGGGGACAGUGCCUUCAGGUUAGUUUCUGCAGAAACUCUACGCGAAAUCUUGCAAGACAAAGAGCUGAGUAAGGAACAGCUAGUAGCAUUUCUUGAGAACGUAUUAAAAACUUCUGGGAAACUACGGGAGAACCUUCUUCACGGUGCCUUGGAACACUAUGUUAAUUGCCUGGAUCUGGUAAACAAGAGGCUACCUUAUGGCCUUGCUCAGAUUGGAGUGUGUUUUCAUCCUGUUUUUGACACUAAGCAGUUACCAAAUGGUGUUAAAAGAAUUGGUGAGAAGACUGAAGCUUCAUUAGUAUGGUUUACUCCUGCGAGAACUUCAAACCAGUGGCUUGAUUUCUGGUUACGUCAUCGACUCCAGUGGUGGAGAAAGUUUGCCAUGAGUCCAUCUAACUUCAGCAGCAGUGACUGCCAGGAUGAAGAAGGCCGGAAAGGAAACAAACUUUACUACAAUUUUCCCUGGGGAAAGGAGCUAAUAGAAACCCUGUGGAACCUAGGAGAUCAUGAACUUUUACACAUGUAUCCUGGCAAUGUGUCUAAAUUACAUGGCCGAGAUGGACGAAAAAAUGUGGUUCCUUGUGUUCUGUCUGUAAAUGGGGACCUAGACCGAGGCAUGCUAGCCUACCUCUAUGAUUCUCUCCAGCUGACGGAGAACUCCUUUACAAGAAAGAAAAAUCUUCAUAGAAAGGUACUUAAACUUCACCCUUGUUUAGCCCCUAUUAAGGUUGCUUUGGAUGUAGGAAGAGGCCCCACAUUGGAACUAAGACAGGUUUGUCAAGGGCUAUUUAAUGAGUUACUAGAAAAUGGGAUUUCUGUGUGGCCUGGUUAUUUGGAAACUGUGCAGUCCUCAUUGGAACAACUUUAUUCAAAUUUCCCUUUUACAGAACUAUGUGUACUUCGUUAAUUGCCUCAGCAGGGAACAGUAUUCAGCAAGUAUGUUUGAGCACAUGCUAUGUGCAGUUCCAAGACUUAAUGUCAUGAAGUAUGUAUACAUCAGCUUAUCCACUUAUGGAUGAAAGUAUGUAUGUAGAGAGCAUGUGUUGAAUCAAGACUGAAGGAAUAUGAGUGGAAUGCCUUUCUUUGCUGGCAUUGUGGUCCAUUCUGAGACUGAGUGAAAGGGAAUUCAAUUCUGGAGGGAUAGUCUGUUCUAGUCUUCUAAGGGAUUGGCACCUCUGUUCACCCAAUUGCUCAAGACAGAGAAACUGGCUAUCAUCCUUAACUCCUCCCUCUUCCUUAUUCUCCACAUCCAGUCUAUCACCAAAUGCUGUCAGCUUGCUUCCUAAAUGUAUCUCAAAUCCAUCUCUGUCUUCGCUGCCACUACCCAAGUUAGAGUCACCAAUAUCUCUUGCCUGGAUUAUUGAAAUCAUCUCCUAAUUGAGCUCUCUGUGUCUAGUCUCACUCCAUGCUGUUUCAUUAAUUGUUGUUUUUAAAUAAAGUAAUCCAUUCUUGUUAUUUUUUUUAAGUUUUUUGUGUUGAAUAUGUAUCUUUUGGGUGAAAAGUUGUGAAGCAUUGUGUUUUGAUCUUCAGUUCUCUGAAAAUUUGUUAAGAUACACUUUCCAGGCCAGGCGCAGUGGCUCACACCUG